UACGUUUUAAAUACCCACUGUCGCGAAGACCUCAAUUGUCAGUCACACGUGCUUCCACGUACGUAUGUACGUAAUUAUUAUUUUCGUACCAGCUCGGAGCGAAGAACGGCGAAGUACGAGGGGUAAAUAUUACAGAUUGACGUAGGUUUUACAGAUCUCGCGAUUAAAUAUUCGUUAAUUCUCUCUCGCUUCCUUCUAGACAGAAAGAGGUUAAAAGAGGGAACGGAGCAUGCAAAACACAGAGAGCUUUCCUAAAAAAAAGGUGUAAAAAGGGUAAACUGAAGGUGUAAACAGUGCAGAGAGGACACUACCGUCGCUAUUUAUUAGUCGCUGCCCGCAGCAGCUGAUCGCCACAUCGCGGAGGUGUCGAGUCUCCGCAAUUGUUUACGAUAACGAGAUUAAUUUUUAAUUGAUGGUGCUGCUGUGUGCAAAAAUAUGACGAUAUUGCGAGGAAAAAUUCCCUCUGUAGAGGGAGAAAUCUAAGAGGAGGAAAUAGCAACAAGUUGUCCAUGUGUGAUCCCGUCGGUGCCGAAUUAAGCGCACACCUGUCAGUGUUUGUUAUUGUUAAAUUCGCUACCUGUAGCGGGAAUACUCGACGGGAGAGAGACAUUUUAACAUUUUACUCCUUCGGGGAGGGAUUAUCGUGAUCAUCCGCGAGACAUUCCGCGAGGAAUAAUGUACUUUGAAAAAGAGACGUCCUAACCAAGAAUUUUUAUUCACGAGGAGGACCGAGGGAAAAACAUUUAGCAGCCUCGUUAAUUCGGGAGGAUUUGUAUUUUUCAAGAAUAUUUAAGAUAAGGGGAAAAAAAAACGAAGAUGGAUCUGCUUUAUACCGUCAACAGGAAGAGCUCCUCCAAAUUCUUUUCCAAUCAAGAAUGUUUAUACAACGGACAGUCGUUAUGUUCCUUAUCCAGUCGGAAUAUAGUGGCCUUUACUACAAUGACAGAGUUGGACGACAGCAGCGGCAAGACACGUGGCUGCCACGUUUACGUAGCGGACUUAAAUAUGCCAUGGCAUGCUCAUAGAGUAUUCUCGAAUAAACACAACAUUACUGCAUUGGAAUGGGAUCUACCUGGUGAUAAGCUAGUAAUGGCAGACACAGCUGGAAAUGUACAAUUAUGGAUGUUCAAGGAUCAUAUUUUAAACGAUUGGGUAUUAAUAGGUUCCACGUGCUUCCCUGGUGAGCACAUACUAGGCGCGGCGUGGUUCCACAAUGGCAAAAAGACAGGGCUAGUAACGGAAAAGAAGGACAGCAUCCAUUAUAGCGAGAAAUUUAAUCACCUACUGUUCCAACCUUCCGUGAGGCAGUUCGGCGGAAGAGCCGCUGAAGGCGUGCUGGUGGUGUCGACAACGGGCAUGGUCGGCGCGAUCAUGAUCACGAAGGACCUUCAAAAUCCGAUUUGCUACUCGACGGAGAGUCUUGGCAACACGAGGCACAAGAUAACCGCGGUCGACUUGUGCUACGGAAAAAACGGCGAGGUCCUCGUCGCGAUCAGUAGCGAUAGCGUCUGCCUGCCCAUAAAAUGCUUUAGAGUACUGGUACGCAAGAACGACGACAAGUGCACCAUCACCUCGCAAGCUUCGCCGAGCUUUUUCCUGCAAGACGGGGCGCCCAUAGACAACUCAUGUACAGUGACGCAUUUAAAGUUUGUGGUCCGAGAGGAUGCCAAUUCUCUGGUCAUCGCCGCAAACAGCGAGAAUGGCGGAUUCAUUGAGGUGUGGCAGUUGCUGGAGAAGUCACAACCGGUUCACAAAUUGUUCCAGCCAAAGACUCUAGAAGGUUCUUUCAAGACGUAUGCUUGGCAAUUCCAAUCGCAAUAUCGCUGCCAGUCGCCGGUCACGGCGAUAACAACUACAAAGCUAUCCAUAGUGACAACUUUGCCGCCUCCCAGUUACGUGAUAAUAGCACUAGCUGACUCGUCGAUACAUUGCCUAAAUCGUUUGGACUGCCUGAAGGAAGUGGCGUUCUCGUCCCUGAACACAAGCUGGCGAUCGGAUGAACCUAGCAACAAAUACUUCAAGAGCUCCGUGUCUAUCGCCCACAUGGAUCUUUCGUGGCUGGGAUGCGUGCUUUUCGCGUGCGACACCAACGGCAAUCUGUAUCUCUAUAAAUUGUUGCCGGAUGGCACCACGGGUACGUCGAUGUCGCUAAGCUACGCCUGUACGUUACUGGAGUACUGUUUGGUGACGGGAUUGGACUGGCUGGACAUACUUUUAUGCCUGAGAUCGUCCAUGAUCGAAGCGCUGUGCGAGCGAUUGGACGCCUCCUUCAAUAGGCAGCUGCAGUCUACACAGCAGUAUCAUUACAUCCAAUUUUUGUCCAUCAAGACGUCGUUGUAUAGGAUGCUCGUGACGGGGCAGAACAAGGCGGCAGAUCUGUCGUCGUUGCUGAUGAUACACUCUGUAGCUACCGCCUUCAAAUCCCUACUGAGACCAUCGGACCUGAUAUCCCACGACAAAGGCCCAGCGGAGAGCUUAGCCGCGGUGAUAACCGAUGUCAUUACUGAUGUCGACAAGGUAUUGCUGCAUCUCGAUCCCAAAGAGUUUACAGUAGAACCGAGCACGCUGCAAUCGCUGCAGCAACUUAUUCAAUGGGUCGCUGACUUAGCUUUGAAUCUGCUGGCCAGAUUGCCCGAGCAGAGGAUGCAGGUGAAGGCUGGCGGGUAUGAGCUUCUUAAGGAUCACAAGGCGUUGAAUACCGUUCGGGAGCUGUUGGUCAUCAUACGCAUCUGGGGAUUGCUCCGCCCGUCGUGUCUCCCAGUGUUCCUUCGCAGCGCGGACAACCUGGAUGUCCUGGCCUUGCUGUUUUGCUUGUUAUCAAAAUUGGUGCAACCUAACGGAGAUACGCAGCAACAGGUGGACGACGGUUUGAUUGAUGAAUGCUGCCUGCUACCAAAUCAGAUCAUGAUUCCGCAACUGCAUCAAGGCAACAGCAUCACCGCCAUAGUCUCACCGAUUUUGUUUUAUCAGAAUCUUCCGUUGCAGCUAGAAUACGGAGUGGAACCUGAACAGUUGGUUUAUACGCCUGAAAUGAAUCCCGUGGAAGGCUGCAUGCACAGCGGACAGAUCGUGGACACAAUACGGCACUUGUAUUUAGGAAAGCAGCCGCUUCUGGUGAAGCAAUGCACGAGAUGUGGCGGAAAGGCGCAAGUACAAAAUAUGACGAGGACAGCUGCGAUCAGAGCCUGGGAUCAACGAUGGACGCGAGCUUGCCGAUGCGGCGGCAUUUGGCGUAUUCACAAAGCCUCUCAAUAAAGGGCACUUAAGAAUUUUUGUAAUAGUAAAGGGUUCCCCUUGGAAGGUCUCAUUGUAAACCAUGAUACUGCAACUACGGAUAUCGAAAAUCCAUAUAAAAGAAGAUGAGUUGCGAGACAUACACGCGUAUAAAAAAGGUAACAAAGAGAUGGAAAGUGUGUAUUUCAAAUGAUUCGGCCACCACGUUAAAACAGAAAUUUACAAUCGAAAGCUAUUUCGUUUAUUUAUACUUCUUGUGAAGUCACUCAAAGUCUCUUGCAGUGGUUAUUCUCUUAUCGUCAUCAGCGAAAAGAGUCUGUAUGAAUUUUUUCUUUCUUUUUAAUGCGAAUCUAAAUGGAGGAAAUGGUGUAAAAUUAAUUAAUCAAACGACGCAUCGUUAUACGAAUUACUUCAUUAAGGAGGAUAUAAUGUAAGUGUAAUUGCAGAUGAGCGUUUAUAGAAAAAUGAAAUCGAUAUGUACCUCGCGGAAGUCCUUUGUACGUUAAGCGUAUAUGCGAGCUGUAAAGCAUUCUCAUUAAUUAAUAAGAUUUUACUUACGAUAAAUUAUGAAUGAUAAAUUAAUUAUAUAAAUUAUUAGUUUCGUAAAUUGAUAAAAAAUUAUUACAUGCAAAACUGUAUGGUAAUCAAA